AUGAUGCCUAAACUUUUCCAUCGAAGUAUUUUGCUCUACAGCUGAGACUCUACAGUAAACAGUGAUAUUCCGCGAGUGUUCUGUUCGUUUGGUAUCCAUCCAAAGGAUGUCAGAGCAUCCACUGGACUUCCUAAAAGAUUACUCAACUGCACAGGAAGACGAUCAAGAUGCUGCGACGGCCGCUUCCGAAUCGGCUGCAGGAAUGGAGGAACACGGCGCCCACAACAAUACUGAAUAUCGAAACACUUCGAAGGAUUCAAAAACAGUUAGGGGUAAAAGCAAAAAGCGGUUGCUGAUAACGAAGAAGGAAUUGCAGAAGACCCAGAUUCGGGAACGGCGGAAACUGGCCCGUAAGGUCAUAAUCGAAAAAUGUAAAUGUCAUCUUUCUUGCACGACCAAGCUCACUCCGGAGCAGCGCCAGACAAUAAAUGAAAGCUACUGGCGGUUGGAAAAUAUCGAACAGAAGAAAUUUAUCAAAACUCAUACGGUCCAGGGAAAAGUUAAGCGAAGGAGAGUUCCGGUGGAUCCGUUAGGAGGAGUGGAUGUUAAAAAGGCACAUUCAUAUGCAUUCUACUUACCGGAUGAUACAGGUCAAUUGCAGGCGAUUUGUUGUACAUUUUUUCUGAAUACUUUGGGAUACCGCAAAGGAUGUGGCAAUCACAUUUAUCGCGCCCAUGCUUCAGAUUCUUUAUGCGACAAGCGUGGAAAAUAUGAAAGAGAUCAUUCCUUGCGAGACGCUGUUUGGGAUGAUAUUCUGUCCUAUUCACCAAGGACGUACCACAAAGGGCUGAAAUACAGCGCAACAGCACUCUAUUUACCAAAUCAAUUGAAUGCAAAAUUAAUGCAUGCCGAUUUCAAAGCAAAGCGGGAAGCAACAGGAGGAAAGCCUGGCAGUGCCAGUUUCUAUUGCUCAAUUCUUCGUGAGAUGGAUGUGCACUUUGUGGAGAUGGAUGAUUUCCAUAUACCAGAACGGAAAAGCGUCCCAUCCACUCUUAUAUGUGUCCCAAAGCCCCCCCAAUCGCCACCAAUGAACGACGAGUCACGCUUGAGCGAAACCGAGAUGCCUCCCCAGGUUAAUUCGCCAUCACACUCUAGCCAUUCACCCAGUUCGAUAAAGUCCUUCGGACCGUUGCAAUCUCUCCAACCAGUUUUAGAUCAACCGACCUUGAUCAGAGAUCGUGUGAACGAACAGAGACAAAUCGUAGCGCUACCCACCAUAAUUCCCCAUGAAACUCCCGCAUCGUUUCAAACGGUUGAUGUUAAACAGGAAUCCUACUACGAGCUUACUAUCGGUCCAAUGGCGGUGCCUGUACCUCACUAUACCGAAGAUAACGACGAUUUUUCCGAUUCAUACUCGAAUAUGGUAGAGGAUCCUGAUUAUUCUGAAUCUCGCUAUCACGAGCCCCUCAGCAGUGUCGUAAAGGCUGAGGAUACCAAGGUAAAUGUUCGUCAAAAUAUGUUCUUUGGUCCAGUGGGAGAUGUGAAAUGCGUAGUCCAGUCGGAAAUGCCCCUGCUAGAAUCGCCGAAGCUGUUGCCGUGCAUGGUACCAGUGAAAUCAGAAACUAAAAUUACACCACAAAGGGAACCAAUUGCGACACCACCAAAACCUGAUUCCACGCAAGCAGCCACUUUACCCGAAGGGUAUCCACCGGUUAAACGAACCAAGAAAUUCAUUGCCAAAGUGCGCAACAUAGCGAAACGGAAACAAGCCCACCCGGUUUUGUUUCUCGAAUGCAAUUGCCAUUUGAGCUGCAAGGAUAAAAUCGACGCAGCCCAACAGGAACGCAUAAACGAGCAGUACUGGAGCAUGGGUUUCUGCGACCAACGUAUGUUUAUGCUCGAGCACACCGAGCGACACUCCAUCAAGCGAAGGCGAGCGAAGCAGACGGACGGAGUCGUCCGAAAGGGAUACACAUAUUCCUAUCGAUUGACUGAUACGAACGGUAGUUACCAACCUGUAUGCUGUCAGUUUUUUCUCAACACCAUCGGAUUUGGUGCCGGAAGUGGCAACGUUAUCUAUCGAGCACAUCAGGUGGAGCUGAGCGAGGCCAUCAGCGACAAGCGGGGAAAAUUCGCUCGCGACACUACGAUGCGCGACGCAAUGGACGAUGACAUCCUGUCCUACUUCACCCCCGAUCAGCAGGAUAGUGGUGAACCGUUGGAUCUGUCCGAAACCGAUUGGACACCGAAAAAGAUGUACAACCAAUACGUUCAACGACAAGCCUCUGAUGGGAAUAAUAAGCCCGGUAGCUUUGGUUUCUACUGGAGGAGAGUCAAACAAAUGAAGGUACUUUUCGCCCCGAAACCAGAACCGAAGGCAAGUGGUCGGCGGAAGUCACGAUCUUCGACUUCGGCCUCCUCGGAGAAACACCAACAGCUGGACGUUGGCGUGCCAUCUACGUAUUCGCUUGGUUUUUAGUGUAUCUCCAUAGAUAAGCUUGCCGUAGCAAAAGUUGAGAAGACUCUGCAAUGUGAAUAUUCUAGUAUUUAUUUUGUUCUUAGAUAUAGAACUUGGAAAUUUGUGUCACAAUUGUGUCUUCCAGAGGCACUAACAAAAAUUUCGCUGGAUCGUGAAAACAAACACCAAAAUAAACUUGUUUAA